CGAGCUCGUAUACUCAUGAAUACACUCUCACCGUGUAUACCAUCAAACGAGCAGCAUCAUGAAAGUACCAGCUGUAUUUUUCCUCGUUGUCGUUGCCGUGGCUUUGGCCAAGGAGCAGACAGCGGAUAAGGAAAAGCGAGGAGCUACGUACACCACCCAGAGAAACUACGGCGGAGCCGAAGCCGCGUACGCCAAGGUGUCACCGCAGACCUUUGGCGCCACAUCCAAGGAAUUGGCUUACGCCCAACAACCCCAAUACCAGCAGAUCAAAUACACCCAGUCUCAGCAAGCCCCUCAAGCAGCGUAUCAGCAACAACAAUACGAGCAGCAGUACGAGCAAGCUUAUGCCCAACCGACCGUCACCAAAUUGGCUCCAUCUAAGGUCGCUUACGCCGCCCAAGCGCCAGCCCAAGUUCCGUAUUCUUUGGCCUCCGACGUCUCUUCCUUCAGCUACAACAGCCCAUUGGUUGCUUACUCUAAUUUGGGACUGAUCAUGCAAUCCAGCGGAAAAACCGCCCAAGCUCAAGCUCCUCAACAAGUGCAGUACACUUCUCCAAAACUAGCUUACAGCAAAGUUCCUCAGCAAGUAGCUUACAAUGCCGCUCCACAAAAAGUCACCUACGCCGCUGUAUCUCCACAACAAGUUGCCUACGCCGCGGCUCCGCAAAGAGUAGCUUACAAUUCUCCACAACAAGUUGAGUACUCUAAAGUUGCGUACGCCGCCGCCCCACAGAUUGCUUACCCUCAAGCCCCGCAGAAAGUUGCUUAUCAGGAAUACGAUAAAGCCGCUUACGCAGCUGCCCAGCAAGUAACUUAUGAAGCUGCCCCUCAAAAGGUCGCCUACGAAGCCGCUCCUCAAAAGUACACAUACGAAGCUUCUCCACAGAAAGUCACCUACGAAGCUGCUCCACAAAAGGUAACUUACGAAGCCGCACCACAGAAAGUGGCCUAUUCUCAACCAACCUUCACCCCUCAAGAACUUGCCUACGCUCAACAACAAUACCAACAAUAUACCGCAUCCCAUUCAUCUCCAAAAGCAGCCUACGCUUCUCCACAGGCCGAAUACUACGCCCAAACUAAAUACGCCAAUCCAGGAGUUACUUACGCCCAGUAACUCCGCUCAUCAGCUAAUUUAAAAUAAAUUUAUCUUUUGUAAAUACUCCUUCAUGCCACUUUCAUCCAAAUACUUACUUUUUAUAUAUUUUAUGUGUUUUUUUUUUAUAUAAUACUAUUUUUUUAUACCAAUUUUUAUAUAUCCUAUUACUUAGAUUUGUAAUGAGCGAGCGUUUACUUUUGUUUUUUGAAAUGAAAUAAAAUUAAACCCUUUAAAAUAUUGUCUGAUACAAAACCCCCGUUUCUCGCUAUUGUUGGUAGCGAAUUUAUGCAAUAUGGAUGGAAUUCGUUGGGGAAAUUAGCCGAAGCGCGAAAUUAGUGUUGUCGACCACAGAGACGUAAAUCCGAAAGAGUUGACAUUACUUUUCUAUCACUGAGCGACAAAUUGAGUUUUCCUUGAUGGAAUUCGUUGUAUACAAUAGGAACCCCAUAAUUAAAUUCGGUUUUCCAUUAUUAUAUGAAUUGAAAAUUCAUUAAUUGACAAGUUUUUGAACCAAUUA